UUUCUAGGCGGGCGGGUCGUAAGAAUUGCGCUGAGUUUGCGCCGCAAAUGUCAGUUCUAUUUCGAAAUACAAAAAGAAAUAUUUUUUUGACAGGUGGUUGAGCGGUCUGCUUAAGACCAAGACGACCAAUCGCUACCAUUACCAAAUUGAUAUGAGUUGUUACCGUCAUGAAAACAGGUCUUGUCAUCCCAUAUCGUUACCAUGGCAACACGAAGUAACUGUUGCGUCUCAAAACACGUAAAUUAAAUGAAACAGUAGUGUGGUGAAGUACUUUGGGACAUGCGACAAUGCCCUGUGCUGUUUGGGUGAUGUGUGAUAUUGAGCGCGAUUGUAAUGUGGUUGAUUUGUGAAAUUAGAGCUGAACUUUGGAAUAAACCAAUGAGUUGUCGAUAUCAACCCGUGCCCAGCUGUGGACUGUUGCUAACGAAAAAUGAGUAUUUUAACAAAGUAUGACAAAGAUAACAUUAAAUCUAAAAAUUCAGUGGAAAUAACGGAUGAAGUGAAUGUGAAAGAUGAAUAUUAUAAAGAAUAUCUCGAACUGCAGCUGCAAGUGGCUGUGUGUAAGAGAGAACAUGCACAGUUGAAGAAUGAACUUAAGAAAGUUCUUCAUGAAAAUGAUGUACUGUCUGAAAAGCUGAAAGUGAACCUGGAUUCAAAAGUAUGUUCCAGAGACCACAAGAAUUCAGAUCUUGUGUCAAAUCUGGAGAAGCAGCUCCAGGCUGCACUUCAGGAGAAGGAAGUAGCUGUUGAUAUGUGGCAAGUAUCUGUUAAAGAAGUUGAUAUUUUAGAGAAGGAGUUAAAGCUUUAUCAAAACAGUACACAUGUGGAAACAGCCUACAGGGAGCUUAAUAAGACAAAGGAAGAAUACUCUGUUGCUCUGAAAUUCUUAGAAGCAAAAUUGGUGGAAGUUAGUAGGGAUGAAAGCAAAGAAAGGCUUAGAAAUAAAAUCCUUGAAAAAGAUUUAAUAGAAGUUAAAAAUCAAAAGGAGGCUCUAUCAAAAGAAGUACAAGAAAAUAAUUUACUGCUGAAAGAAGUUUUAGAAAGAGAGUGUAAACUUAUGGAAAAACUGCACUGUUCAGGAAACAAAGAGAUGGAGCUUAUUCAUAAAACUGAAACAUUGAAUGCCACAUGUAAAGAUUUGGAAGCUGCUCUGAUGACUUGCCAUAAAAAUAUGGAAGAUCUUAUAACUCGUGAGUCAGAGGCUCAAGAGAAAGUGAGAGAAGCUAUCACUCUCGUUGAAGCAGCUAUUGCAGAAAAAGAUUCUGCCUUAAUGAGGGAAAUGCAAAUAAAUCAAGAGAAUGUUCAGCUCCAGAAAGCUCUGCAAAAUGUAUCUGAAGAAGUUAACAAGAAUGUGAAGAAGGAAACUGACUUAGUGAAAAAGCACUGUAAUUCUAAAAUGGAAAUUUUUCUUCGCGAUAUGCGAAACCUUGAAAUGAAUCUUAAAGAACAAAGUGAGAAACUUGAAAAGGCUCAGGAGGAAUGCAAGAAGCUUGAAGAAGAACUGAGAAAAGUACACACAGAAAAAAUGAUAUUUGCAGUAAAUAGCAACAAACACACAGAAGAAAAUCUCAAAGCUCUAUAUCAACAACUACAUAAAGCAGAGAAAGAUAAGCUGCAGAUUUCCAAAGAAAAGGAUGAGCUCCUUACAAGAAUUCAGCACAUCCAAGAGAGGCACACAUUGGAGAUACAGGAACAAAUGCAACAGUAUUUAAGCUUAGAACAGCAUGUUGCAGAACUAACUGUAGCAUUAUUAAAAGCACAGUCUGGCGAGAACAAAACAGCUCUUCAUAGCAUUAAGGAAGGCAGUUUAUUAACUAGUUUACAGGAACUAAAGAAAAAAGAAUUGGUGGCAACUAGUGAACUUCAGCAUCACCUCAAUGCACAAAUAUCUUUAAAAAACAAGUGGGAGAACACAGUAUUAAGCCUCACCGAGAAAUUUGAAUCUCGAAUAAAGAAUCUGCAACGGCAAAGAAAUGAACUGAAGAUUCGAAAUAGAUUUUUAGAAAAAGAAUUGCAGAGAACAUCACGAGAGAUGGCUUUUGACCAUACUCGGUUAGACAAUAGUACCUAAUGUUCUUGUGUUGUAAGUGCAUUAGUCUUUUAUUCUUCCUUAUUUUCUCUUUUGACACAUAAUCUAAUGAAAAUAAUGCAGGGAUAUGCUAUUCUAGUGAUUUUCUAAUAAUUGCAUUGUAAUUUAUGU